GAUCUCGGAUUGGCCCAGACUGCAGCCACACAAGUACAGGUCCCCAUUCCUUUGGGCUCGCUUGUUCAUCAACUCUACAAGUUGCACUCGCAGAGUGGCUUUGCAGACAAGGAUUUUUCAUCCAUUUACCAGAUGGUCUCGAAAAGCACCAAAUGA